CGCUCCCCUCGCCGCGAAUACACCUCAGGCGCCGCAGACGACGAUGAGGAGGCCCGGAGGAUCAGUAACUUGAUUGACGAGGAGAUCAAGCGGGAUAAGGAGGCACAACGCAGGAAGAAGGCACAGCGGAGGGAGGUGAAAGUAAUGUUGCUCGGGCAGGCCGAGUCGGGCAAGAGCACGCUGCGGAAACAGUUCCAACUAUUCUACGAGAAGACGAGCCUCGAUACCGAGCGGCCGAGCUGGCGACCGGUCGUUUACUCCAACAUUGUCAAAGCCGUCCGGACCAUCAUCGAAGAGCUCGACUAUUCCCUCCUUUCGCCUACGGCAUAUAACCACUUCUCGCCUGGUUCCGCCACUGCGUCCUCGAGUCCAACGUCAAGCGUGGACCUCUCGUUCAACACCCGCGCAUCCACCUCCUCCAGCGCGGGCGUCGAUCCAAACCCCGUCUACGCAUGGCAGACCGAGCUGUCCGCGCUGAGGCAGAAGCUGCUCCCCCUGGUCGCAAUGGAGGACUCGCUCGCGCUCGAACUGUCUGGAGGCAUUGCCGUCGGCGGCGGCAAGACGGGCGUGUACGUCCGCUCCGGGUGGCAAGCGCUCGUGACUCCCUCGCCAUCGCUCAGUCACCUCUCCUGGCUCUCGGAUAUCCGCAAAGCGCCGGGUCGAGUGACCGUCAUCGCCGACCUCGCAGCGCGAUCGUUGGCGGCCUUGCAAGACGGGAUAGCUACGAUAUGGAAACACCCCGCCGUAAAGCGCCUGAUCAAGUCACGGCAGCUCCGGCUGGACGAGACAGCUGCCUACUUCUUAGACAACAUCCAUCGUAUCGCCGAACAGGAUUACCUUCCGACUAAUGAGGAUAUCCUCAAUGUCCGAAUUCAGACCUUGGGUGUACAAGAGCACGAGUUCGACAUAUCUAUGGGUGGCAUCCGCUACAGCUGGAACCUGUACGAUGUGGGAGGAGCGCGCGGGCAGCGACACGCAUGGGUGCCCUAUUUUGACGAUGCGACCGCGAUCAUCUUUUUGGCCCCAAUCAGCGCAUAUGAUCAGUACCUCGAAGAGGAUUCGCGCGUGAACCGGAUUGACGACUCGCUCCAGCUCUGGACCGCGAUCUGCUCGAACAAGCUCCUGAAGCAAGCCGCGCUGGUCCUGCUCCUUAACAAGACGGACCUCCUACGCCAGAAGCUCGACGCCGGGAUCAAAGUUCGCAAGUACAUCACGUCCUACGGCGACCGCGAAAAUACCUUUGAGGAAGCGUCCGAGUACUUCCGCGCGCACUUCAUCCAGGUCCACCGGCGCAAGGACAUCUCACGCCGUCAGCUGUACGUGCACUUCACGUCCAUGCUCAACGUCAAGGCGACGCAGACCAUCAUCGUCAACGUCAACGAAUCCAUCAUCCGUAAACACCUCGCAGAGACCGGUCUGUCAUAAGAUCGACGAAAGACGCUCGCAUAGCUUGUCGUCUGCAUCGCCGUCCCGCACGCCAUAAUUGAGUGCCCCCAGUCUCCGCCCUUCCGUUUCGCGACCCACGCUACAUCUUGUUGUAUUCACCCCGUUCCUCAUGCCGUGCGCCCCGUGUACAGUGCCGAUUCUCCGGACCGCUGCCCGCUGCUGCUAUGUAUCGAUACCACAUCUACGUGUAUGCUGCCCAUUUUAAUCGCAUUGAUUCC